AUAGCAUAUAAAGAAGUUGAUGAUGUGCGGGGUGAACACAACACUUUAUCUAAUGUUCGUUGUCCCUUCCCACCAUCACGAAAGCGAAGGUCCCCUGUCGGAAAUUCAAACAGUUUCGUCACUGGAUAUCGGAUAUCAGUCAGCAACAAUGGAAAAAUCUUUAGCCUCUCCCAUCUUCUUUAUAUAUUGGACUCAACUUGUCAAGAUACAAUGAAUGUGUCCGGGGAAUUGAGAUUUGUUUUACGGGAUGGGUUUUGCUUUGUUAAUGGGCGUUGCAUAGCGGAUAACACGCAAGAUGAGGCAAAUAAAUGUAACGUUUGCAAGUACAAAUCAGAUGCAUUUGCAUGGACAAAACAAAGUUUGUAUGAAGAAUGCAAGGAAGAGGCCAAAAAGUUGUGGAUAAUUGGAGUAGUGCUGGGCUGUAUUGUCGUAUUGGUGGCUGUGACUGUAGCAAUUCUGAUGAUAAAGAAGAAAAAUAAACGUAUGACAAGUGUAAAACCACCACCUUAUGAGUGAGAAAAGGUAAGCAA